ACUCCAAUUUAUGUCACCGGAAGCGCAUUGGUCAGAUUUGCUUUUUCAUUCAGACAGAAAAAAGAACCAUGGAAUUUUUGAUAGGUAUUCAGGGGAAAGACUUUGUACUUGUGGCUUCAGACACUUCAUCUGCAAGGAGUAUCCUUUCAAUGAAGCAAGACACUGACAAAAUGCAUAGAAUGACAGACAACCUUCUGAUGCUGGUGAGUGGAGAAUCAGGAGACACUGUUCAAUUUGCAGAAUUUAUCUCCAAGAAUAUUCAACUCUACAAAAUGAGAAAUGGGUAUGAUUUAUCACCAGCAGCUGCUGCCAACUUUACGAGGAAAAACUUGGCUGAUUAUCUAAGAAGUCGGACUCCAUACAUGGUCAACCUGUUGAUGGCAGGAUAUGACAAAAAUGAGGGGCCCUCUUUAUACUUUAUGGACUACUUAGCCUCAAUGAAUAAAUGUCCGUUUGCUGCCCAUGGUUAUGGUGCCUUUUUCUCCCUUGCUAUAUUAGACAGAUUCUACACUGAAGACAUAACAAGACCCAGAGCAGUUGAGUUGUUGACAAUGUGUAUAGAAGAGAUUAAAAGAAGAUUUAUCAUUAAUCUCCCGGCAUUCAGAGUAAGGAUGGUUGACAAGGAUGGAAUACAUGAAUUGCCAACAAUAAAACCUCAGUUAUCCGUCCCCACUGUACCAGUAGAAUCUUUAUAAUGCAAAAACUCAUUGAAUUUAAAUAGUGCUACACAUUAGACAUUCAUCAUUUUUGUCACAUGUCUACUACAUAUGUCUUCUUAUAACAAUGAAAUGAUCUUACAAA